CUACAGUUGCUUUCAAAACUCUUCACUUUCCAGGCGGACCCUACAAACACAGGCAGUAUUGGAGCAUUAGACGCUGCCAGAUUUCUGAAAAAGUCUUCUUUAAAGGAAAAUGUAUUAUCACAGAUAUGGGAUCUAUCUGAUCCAACUGGAAAAGGAUACUUAGAGAAACCAGGAUUUUUUAUUGCUCUCAAGCUGAUAGCUCUUGCACAAAUUGGACAUGAAAUCUCUCUUGGGAGACUGCCUUCUGAAACGCCGCCACCAAAUCUGGGACCUGUCGAACCAGUCCUUUCUCCUCCUGAAACAGUAGUGAUGAGUCCUCCACAUUCUGUAGGUACCAACUGGGUUAUAUUGCCCCCUGAAAAGGCAAAAUAUGACAAAUUAUUCGACUCGUUACAACCUGUCAAUGGGUUGGCAUCAGGAGACAAAGUAAAACCUGUGUUACUUAAUUCAAAACUUCCUGUAGAUAUAUUAGGACACAUUUGGGACCUCAGUGAUGUUGAUAAGGAUGGCUUCCUUGAUAAAGAUGAAUUUGCAGUGGCAAUGCAUUUGGUAUAUAGUGCAUUGGAAAAUAACCCGGUUCCUACGACAUUGCCACCAAAAUUAAUCCCCCCUUCGAAGCGUAAGCGCGUCUCGUUACCAGGUGGAACCAUCACAGAUUCAUUACAACCAAGAACUGAUUCUCCUGCUGUGCGUAUAUUCUUCAUUUAUUCAUUCAGUGAUUUACUUAGUUGCUUGUUUAAAUUAUCACUGUUUAUAAUUAUACCAUAUGUUACGUAUAUAUAUAUAUGUGUGUGUGUGUGUGUGUGUGUGUGCGAGGAUCCAUUAAUCCCAACACAUUUUUUUCUCGCUCCGUUUUAUUUUCUCUCAUCCCUUUCUGUCGGAGAGCAUAGACUCGAAACAUCAAGGUCUUUUUCUAAUUUUUCUGGGCAUCAGACUAACCAAACUAAUACACCUGCUUGUGGUUUGUUCCCUCACCUCAAUGAAUUAUAUGAUCCCCUUUUUACUUCACCUUCUUAUUGCAGGUCAUUAUGUGAUAUAAAAAGUACUGGUAAGCUGAAUGCAGAGCAGUUUGCAUUAGCGAUGUAUCUGAUGGGCGAAAAGAAGAAAGGAGCAACCCUACCCCAGCAGCUCACCCCUGAGAUGGUACCUCCGACCAUGAGGUCGCAGACCAAUGCUGGACCAGCUGCUUUCGGAGUCAUGGAAGGAGAUUCUGACCCCCAAAAUCAAAACCCAGCCACUGAUUUGAGUGGGACCGAACAUUCAAAUACUGAACUGACCAAUGGAGCAAUCCAGGAACAAGAAGAAGAGUUAAAUAGCUUGCGUGCUGAUUUAAAUAAUCUCAGAGAUGAAGAAGCCCAUUUAGAGGCAGAAGUUGCCGAGAAGAAAGUCUACAUAGAGACACUGUUGAAGAACCAAAAAGACACUCAGCGGCGAUCGCACACACACACACACUUCCUCAUUCAGUUUCCUCUUUCUUCUACCCUCCAGGCCAAGACUCGUAUUCAACACUUACAAGAUCAACAGCGAGGCAACAACUCCAAUGCCCAGAUAAACGGAGAGUUUGCCUAUUUCCCCACAUCAUCAAGUGAUGGCGACCAGUUCAGUACUCUCGCUACAGCUGGCAGUAGCCCAAUCAGUAUUGGAGCUUUUAGUCACGGCUCAAGUAUGGAUGAUUUCCGAGAUGAUCCUUUCAAAAGUAAAGAUCCUUUUAGUAACACUGCACCAGAUCCUUUCCAGAAUGAUGACCCAUUC